GCUGGGCCCGCAGCGGCGAGCGGCUGCAGCUUUGCAGUCGAGUCCCGCUCGGAGUUCGUGUUUCCUCGGGGCGGGCUCGUCGUGACGGUCCCGGGGCCGUGCUGGAGCGGGCCUUCUGGUCUCGUGGCCCGCGGGGGCCGGGCCGCAGACAUGUGAAGGACCUCGUCCAGGAUCCCCCUCAGAGACCCCUGAGGACCACCAACACUUGGAGCUCAGGUCGGCGGCGGUAGCUGUCAUGGACACACUAGUGGAAGAUGAUAUCUGCAUCCUGAAUCAUGAGAAGGCCCACAGAGGAGACACCCUAACUCCACUCUCAAUAUAUACAGGAGAUGAAUCUGUUGCUUCACAUUUUGCCCUGGUCACUGCCUAUGAAGACAUCAAGAAGCGACUUAAGGAUUCCGAGAAGGAGAACUCAUUCUUAAAGAAAAGAAUAAGGGUUUUGGAAGAAAGGCUUGCAGGAACUCGAUCAGAUGAAGAGACAAGUUCUGUGGGACGAGAACAAGUAAAUAAGGCCUAUCAUGCAUACCGAGAAGUUUGCAUUGACCGGGAUAAUUUGAAGAGUAAGUUGGAUAAAAUGUAUAGUGUGGAACAUGCGUACUGGGAACUGAAGAGAGAGAUGUCCAAUUUACAUCUGGUGACUCAAGUACAAGCUGAACUACUAAAGAAACUGAAAACCCCGGCUGCCGUCAAGAAAGCCUGUGCCUCAGUAGCAUGUGUGGAAGACCUUGGGAAAGACAGCACGAAAUUACACUUGACGAAUUUCACUGCAAUGUACAAAAGGCACCCCCCUUUAUCACCCAAUGGGAAAGCUAUUUGUUAUACUCCAUCUUCCCCUUUACCAGGAGAUAUAAAGGUUUUAUCAGAAAAAGCCAUUCUCCAGUCCUGGACAGAUAAUGAGAGAUCCAUUCCUAAUGAUGGCGCAGACUUUCAGGAACACAACUCUUACGGCAGAAAUUCUCUGGAAGACAAUUCUUGGGUAUUUCCAAGCCCUCCUAAGUCAAGUGACACAGCAUUUGGGGAAGCUAAAAGCAAAACUUUUCCUGUACCCAUCCUGCCGCCCUUGCAUUACUUGGAUCAGCAUAAUCAGAACUGCCUGUACAAGAACUGAUUGACUGAUUGGUGGUUUGAUCAUGCACACUCUGUAACUUCCAACGGUUCUCAGAACCAAAGACAUUCUUUAACAAAUUCCAUGUAGAUUUUCAACAUUCUUCAGAAUGUACAUUUAUUCAAACUAUACAGAUUAUGUCAUUGAUCUUCCAGGAUGACAGGAGUGCCCUUCAGUCCCUUCUAGGAAUCAGAUAUAUGCUAUUAUAUGAACUGUUAAUCUGAAUGUGUUUCUAGACUAUUGUACCUUUAAUUUUAUUACAGAAUUUUUUCUUCUCUGAUAAAGAAUGGAAAUGCAGAUUCUUUUAGACAUAGUUUUAUAAAGUAUGAAAUGCCUAAAUAUCCACUAACCCAAUACAUGUAUGAUUACAUAAAGAAGCAAAUGGAAAUGUGAAAGGUAAAUAUAAUGGAAUAAAAGUAUGUAGGUUGUUAAA